CAUUUGCAUGAUCAUCCAUAAACCUUCAUCUUUCAAUUCUUACAGAAUCAAUAAUCCUCCAAUAUACACACUUCAAGAUGUUCAAGCAAUCACCACCAUUCAUUUUCAUCAUAAUGCUAGUUGCAACUGUGCAAAUGACAAGCGUCAUUGCUGCAGUUAAUCAUGCAGUAGACAGCAAAGAACCAACACUUGAGUUAUACUUGCAUGACAUUCUUGGGGGAAGUAGCCCUACAGCUAGGCCAAUCACUGGCUUGUUAGGUAACAUCUAUGAUGGUCAAGUGCCCUUUGCAAAGCAGAUAGGGUUUAUCCCUCCACAAGGAGGGGUUGCCAUCCCCAAUGCCAACGGUGCCCUUCCAACCGUCAAUGGUGUCAAUGGUCUCCCACUAGGAACCGGCUUAGGUGGUACUGCUUCUGCAGGAAAUAAUCAGAACCCACCUCAGACCCAGCUGGGACCUGAUGGGUUGGGACUAGGCUUUGGAACAAUCACCGUUAUUGAUGACAUAUUGACCUCCAGUCCUGAUUUGGGCUCUCAAACUCUGGGGAAAGCUCAAGGAGUUUAUGUGGCAAGCUCUGCAGAUGGGACCACACAGAUGAUGACAUUUACUGCUAUGAUUGAAGGAGGGGAAUAUAAUGACAACCUCAAUUUCUAUGGAGUGUACAAGAUUGGGAAUGCCGUGUCAUAUUUGUCAGUGACAGGAGGGACUGGCAAGUUUAAGAAUGCUUGUGGGAUUGCGGAAGUACGACCACUCUUAUCUUCUGGUCAACAUGUCAUAGAUGGUGCAGAGACACUGCUGAGGAUCAUCGUCCAUCUAAAAUAUUGAGAUUGUUUGAUAAAACAUCUGGUUUGUUUGUGUGGAAAUGAAUGUGGUAAUGUUGUAUUGUAUUGUUUAAUGUAGUGACUAUAAGUCAAGAUGGUUGAAAAUUUUAUAUAUCUUUUAUUUGUAAUCU